AAAAAUAUAGAAUUAUUAUUAUUAUUAUUAUUAUUUAGAUCACUUUCUAAAAAUGAGGUGCAUGUCUGUAGAAGUGGCAGUUGAGAAGUUAUCUUUGUCUUCCUCAGAUGAUUUUUCUAGUGCUUUGAAUUGUGGAAGAACCCCAGUUACCACCAGAAGUAGGAUAGUCGGAGGUCAGAAUGCUUCAGCUGGACACUGGCCCUGGCAGGCUAGUCUUCUUCUGUUAAGCAGGCACAUCUGUGGAGGUUCCCUCAUCAACAAACAGUGGGUGCUGUCUGCUGCCCACUGUGUUCAUGGGUAUCCCACCUCUUAUUUCUCGGUGUUUUUGGGGCGACAGAUCCAGGGAGGCAUCAACCCCAAUGAAGUGUUCAGAUAUGUGAGAUUUAUCAUCAAACAUCCCAGUUACAACAAUUUAACAAAUGAGAACGAUAUCGCUCUUCUCAAAUUGAGAUCACCGGUCCCGUUCACUGACUAUAUCAGACCUGUGUGUCUAGCAGCUCAUAACAGUGUGUUCAACAGUGGCACAGACAGCUGGAUCACUGGAUGGGGAAACAUUGGCGAAGGAGUGCCCCUUCUGUCCCCUAAUGUUCUUCAGGAAGUGGAUGUUUCUGUAAUUGGUAACAGACAGUGCAACUGUCUCUAUGGAGUUGGAAAUAUAACAGACAACAUGAUCUGUGCUGGUCUUCUGGAAGGAGGCAAGGACUCAUGUCAGGGGGAUAUUGGAGGUCCGAUGGUGAGCAUGCAAAGCUCUGUAUGGGUUCAGUCUGGUAUCGUUAGCUUUGGGACUGGCUGUGCUCGACCUGAACUUCCUGGUGUGUACACCAGAGUGUCACACUAUGAGGAAUGGAUCAGUUCCUUGGUGUGUAGCGAUCCUCCAGGUUUUGUGCAGUUUACCUCCACUGGAGCUGAUCCUGACUACAGUUACAGCUGUCCUGGUCUUCCUCCUCCUACUUCCUCAUCAAUAGAAUUUAAAAUGAUAUCUUCUGCAACAGCUCCUCCACAAAAUACUUUGCUAUCAUAUUUGAUGUUGCUUUUAGCAGUACUUGCUUUAUUUUAUAUGUAAAGAUACA